AGCAGCUGAGGCAGUUUCCUCGCGACACAGCCCUGAUCGCGCCGGUACAGAGACGAGAUUUCUGGAUCUUCUUUACUUUAAAACCCCACCGGCGCAAAACGGGGUUGAUAUUUUACCGGAGAACACCGACAGAUUGGAUUUGUCUGUAAACAGCUGGAUUUUAUCGAUCAACCCAAUCCCAGUAUUCUGUGCCAUUUUGAGCUGCUUUUAACUCGCACCUGGGGCAAAAGGAAAGCGGCUAUCUCUAAAUGUCUCCAACUGUGUCUGGAACAUCAAAAAGUUAAGAUUCAAACAGCAGCUUAACUUGUUGGGAACUUUGGAACUGAUUUACAGUAUAAAUGUUUCGUUUUCACUACUAGUGCGUGGAUAAAUCAACAUUUUGACUGAAUACUGACAUUGGAUAGUUGAUAUUGCAACUCUAGUUGUUUAUUUGUAUGAAAACGUAUUGGUUUUUAGAUGCUUGAGCCAUGCCUUUCUCCAUCCGACGCUUGAUCUGGGUGGCAAAGGAUGCUGAGCAACCGAUGCUCUUACGCAAGGUGCGAGUCUCUGGUGAGCGCGUGAAGCUCGUUCACGGAUGAUGCGCCCAUUGGUUGUUUGGUCUUCCUAUUCUCUGGACGUUUUUAUUUGACAGAAAGUAGCUAUCCGACUUGUUAAUUUCGUUGAAAUGCUAUAACUAUUGGCAGUUACUGUUUAUAGUGAUUUGUUUAAUCACCUCUCUAAGCAAUAGAGCGAAGUUUCCGUCGUUUAUUUUGGUGGUAAUUUCGAGGAUUUCUCGGCACCCAUGACCGAAACAAUGGCGUUAAGUGGAAACUCUCGAGCCCAGCCUACAGCCAAAGACCAAAGCUCCGUUCAAAACAGUUUCCCCGACGUUAUUGAGCUUAACGUCGGUGGCCAAGUGUAUUAUACCCGCCACUGCACGUUAAUAAGCAACCCGGGCUCCCUUCUGGGAAAAAUAUUCUCUCCUAAAAAUAACGCGUCUAACGAUCUCGCCAGAGAUCCCAAAGGUCGUUACUUCAUCGACCGGGAUGGGUUUUUGUUCAGAUAUGUUUUGGACUUCCUCCGUGACAGGCAAGUCGUCCUCCCUGAUCAUUUCCCCGAGAAGGGACGGCUGAGGAAAGAAGCUGAGUACUUUCAGUUGCCCGACUUGGUUAAACUGUUAACCCCGGACGAUUUGAAACCGAGCCCCGACGAAUUCAUCCACAGCGAUUACGAGGAUUCUCAAGGAAGCGACCAGCGCGUGUGCCCACCGCCGUCGGUCGUUCCCGCCGACCGAAAGAGCGGGUUCAUAACCGUCGGAUACCGCGGAUCGUGCACUACUGGCAGAGAGGGUCAAACCGACACCAAAUUCCGAAGGGUGCCGAGGAUUAUGAUAUGCGGGAGGAUCGCGUUGGCCAAAGAAGUUUUUGGAGAGACGUUGAAUGAGAGCAGGGACCCGGAUAGGACACCGGACAGAUACACGUCCCGCUUUUACCUCAAGUUCAAACACCUGGAGCGCGCGUUUGACAUGCUCUCGGAAUGCGGAUUCCAGAUGGUCGCGUGCAACUCGUCGGUGACGGCCUCGUUCGUCAACCAGCUCACUGACGACAAGAUAUGGUCAAGUUACACUGAGUACGUCUUUUACCGUGGCCCUUCUCGUUGGACUUCUCCGCCUUGCGACUGUUGCUGUAAAGGACACAAAGGCGAUGGCGAAGGUGAGAGUGGGACGUCCUUCAACGAGCUGUCCACCUCCAGUUCUGAAAGCCACUCUGAGGCCAGCUCCCCGCAAGGUACCGUCAUCCGCGGCCCGGUCAGCCGGCAGACGCACGUGCAGACGUUGGACCGGCCUCCUAAGAAAGGCCCCGUUCAGCAUCUUCUCCAACAGCAGCAGUCCGAGCACCGCCGCAAGAGCGAUCUUCUGCGAACACUCACCGCCAGCUCCCGGGACACAAGCACCAGCAAGAAGCGGCAAGCGAAGGAAAAGCUGACCGUGGAGGAGGAGCUGGAGAAGUGCAUCCAGGACUUCCGCAAGAUCAAGAUUCCGGAGCACUUUCCCGAACGCAAGUACAUGUGGCAGGCCGAUCUCCUGCGCAAAUAUCGCCUUUGAAGGAUGGAGAGCGUUUUUAAGACUAAAUCUGAAGCUACAAUGAUGAACGUGUUGUAACUAUCACUACCACUAUUGCAACUAUCACAAUACUACUGCCUCUGACUUUACUUUGAUAUCAAUCUUGGUCAGUUACAAUGGUUAACAGUUUAGUUCUGGCUUAAACCAGCAUGAACUGUUUCAGACUGGUUUAUGCUGGCGAUACUGGUUCAAACCAACACAGCCAUGUUGUCCACAAAUAAAAUCUGGCCUUUUUAGUCAAGCAGGUUCAGAGCUGGUUAAACUAGUUAAGAAACUGGCGACCUGUUGAACAUCUUUUCAGCAGGGUGGACCGCAGAUUCGCUGAUAGUUUACUUGUAAGCACAUGCAAUUUUGUAGAUUUCCAGAGCAAUGUAAGCAUUUUUUUUGGGGGGGGGGGCACAGCUACAUGCGCCUGUCUUUCGGGUCUCCCUUGUUGAGUUCAAAUUUGUGUGCGAUUGUGCGUUUGUUACAAGUGAUCUUUCGACAUCGCUAUGUUAGUGACACUGAGAUUGAGUUGAGGUGGCCGAGAGGUUGAACGAUGAACGUGUAUCCAACUCAUAAAUAAUGCAUGCACUCCCAACUGUGCCCUUUCUAAGAAUAGCCACUGCCCUGGCGGAUGGGAGAGAGGGUUUCCAUUUCAACACUUACAGAAGCACUGGAGACCACAAAGCCAAAUCCGUUUCCCCUUUUUGGAUUUUGCAUGCUCCAUUAAUGUAUCUUACUGUAGCUAAGCUACAAUCAGUGACCCUUUCAGAUCCCUCAAGAUCCAGUCAUGGCUUACAAAAGGGGUUGCGGGUGGAAACUCAAUAGCAUCACAUUAAGCUUUUGAGACUUGACUUCCUGAAACAUAUUGAUUAAAACACAUGAUAUUCCACGGGGGAGUGAGUGAUGGCUUACGUUUGGGAAGAGGUUAAAGGUUGAGUACGGAAUGUUUGGGAAAAUAAAUAUAAUACUGUAUAUUUCAGAUAUAGUCAACACAAACUGAAAUACACAAACAUAUAGAGUUUAUAAGGUUGUGCAAUGUCUUCUGAUAGUAUAAGGACAGUAGAGUUAAUAUUUAUUUCAUUUUGAUGAGGUACAUAAAUGAUGCUAAUUCAGAUGGUAAUAAUUAUAAUAAGUGGUGUAUGGGUGUUGUGAUUAAUCGUGGAUACAUGGAAAGCAUGUUGGGUCAUUUUUAGACACAUCAAUACGAAGCAGCUUACGGUAUACUCUUAAAAAAAAUCCUUUUUGAUUUAACCCAGUGUUGGGCCAAACAUUUUUUGUUAAAACAACCCAGCACAUAUAUAAUUACAAUCAAACGUGUUGUGUUUGUCCCUUUUUGACCCAGUGUUGGGUAACCCAGCAUUUUUCAGAGUAAGACAUAUAUUUUUGUUUUGUUUUGCAGAACUUGCUGCUCGAGCUGUAUUUAUUAUGAUAUUAAACAAGUAAUGCCAAACUCUGAUAUUGCAAAAAUAUUAUAAUAAUAUGCUUUGAAUACUAUUUGUAUGCUACUGAUAUGAGGUUUAAUUUAAAUGUAAUAAUGGUGGAAGUGGGAAAAUUAUGAUCUGCAUCUAUUAAUUUUCUGAUCUUUUAUUAUGUUUCCUAAAAGUUAUAACUUCAGGUAUAACAAAAAGGGACGAACCCAGAUGUUGGGUUAAUGUUUAUAUUUGAACCAACAAUGGGCUAAAACAACCUAUCAUACAGUAAGUUAAAUUACAUCAGUUUUUUGACCCAACGCUGGGUUGAAAAUACCCAAGCAUAUUUUAGGCCUUGUCCACACUGACACGGGUAUUUUUUAUAACCGUGACUUUUUUACGCGAUUCGGCCAUUCGUCCAUAUGGAAACGCAAUAUCAGCUCACUGAAACCAAACAUUUUUGAAAACCCCUACCAGGGUGAAGAUUUUCAGAAACCGGUUGCAGUGGUAAAACCAGGGUUUUUGCUUCUGAUUAAGGCUUCUGAUUGGCCAGAGUGCGGCAUACUCUUGACAGCGCGUGUUAUCGUGUUUUUCCAUUUUCAUGUAGGCGGAAAUUUUUUUUAAACCGAACAUGUGUGGACGGGAUUUUUUUUUUAAACGCAGGAGGUUAUAAAAAUACCCUUGGCCGUGUGGAAUAAUCUUUAGAGUGCGUCUUUAACGUGAGUUUUUUUUUAAAUAUUAGAUUAAUUCAUUAUCAAAAAUAUGGCUAGACAUUCAAAGAAAUAUUCAUGCAGGCUUUGUUUCAUGUCAUCUAUUAGCAUUGCAUUCGUUAAAUCAAAAGCCGCUUGCUGCUCUGUCAAGCAAAAAAAGAAAAAAACAUACAAAUGUUUUAAAAAGCAAUAUACACGGUCAGAAAAUUUUUACAAAACUACCUUUUUGAUAGCUGGGGUGGAACUUUCAAAGGCUCAUUUUUCUAACUUUAUAGGUAUACAUUAAAAUGUUCUAGGUUUUAGGGUACAAUAUUAUACCUGACAUGGGGUGCGUUUCCCGAACAAUGACGUAACUCGCUGCUGAACCAUCAUAUGAUGCAUAGUUGGAGAAACAAACUACCUUGUCAAGAUGGUUUCCCGAAAACAUAGUAACUUAGUCACACAUUCGUUGUUUGAACCAUGUUGAUUCAACAACAUAGUUGAUGAUUUCACAUGGGAGGUGGAGUACUAACUAAUCUGUUAAUGUCAGAUUAUUGCUGUAAAUAACAUAUAUUGCAUCGGAAGACUGAUUUUGUUAUCGUGAUUUAGUUUUCUGAUGUUUAUUUUUAAGAUAUUUAAUUCAUGUGCAAGUUCCCUCUUACAUCACUCCUCCCAGGGAUUCCCCAGGGUCUUAAAGCUCGUUUGACUGUGCACAUGCGCAGUUUUCAAAUGCAGCACUUUAAUUUUGUUUACAAAUUUAUAAACAUGAAAAUUACAUUUGAUAUAUUUAGAAUUAUGUAUAAAGAAUGCACUUCAUGUUUUUUGCUUAUUUCUUUCAAAAGCAUGAUCAAUGUAAGUCUAAAUAUUAUUAUAACAAGAACCUAUGAUUCUAGUGACAGGUGAAGAGCUGUCAUUCAAACCACACAAGUUUGCAAUGCAGCUUGCGAAUGUCCGUUUGAACUAUGUUUUCAGGAAACACCAAAUAGUUAAACUUUUAAGUAACGACGAAACUUAUGACAGUAGUUGGUUAACAAUACUUUUGGGAAACGCACUCCUGUUUGUGUACCUUAAUAACCAUUUUUGUAGCAGUAAAAUUUUAGGGGUACAAAAUAGUCAACUGUACCUUUAAAGGUAUACAAUGGGUACUUAAACACGGGGUGCAUGAUCUCUGAAAGCCAAUGAUAAUAUUUGAAAUCACCUAAAUAAACACGCCCCUACCCCAAUAGAACCUGGCCUUCUUUUGAUAGACCCGCCCCACACAUACGCGACCCAGGCAACAAUGUCGGUUAGUAGACACGCCCCUUACUGCUGAGUGUGAUUUGGUAGUCAAUCAUGCACCCCGCCUUUAAUGUACAGUAGGCACAGUAAUGUACCCAAAAGGUACAACCUUGUAUUAUGUUAGUAUACCUGUACAAAACAAAAUGGAACACUGAGGUACCACCCCAAAGACAGAAAAGGUGCCAAUUAUUAAGAUAGCGGAGAACAUCUAUAAACGUAGAAAAAAAACUUUAUCUUCUUUUCAAAUACACACUAGAAAAUACAUGGUCACAUUUUCAGACAAUUACAGUAGAAUUGCAGUGAUGUCUAACACGUGUCUUUAUUCAAUCAUUAGAUUUAUUUUAAUGUGAAUGUGCUAAUGAAAAGAAGAUAUUAUUGUAAGAUAGACUGAUGUAGUGUUACUGGGAAUGUACACUAGUGAUAUGUUUGAAAAGGAAUGUCAUGAUAAAACCAAAGGUCAGGUACUGUACAGUUAGGGGGGUAAUGAUGCGCAUGGCCUUGUACAAAGGAUCUUUUUAUUUUAGAAUAUGAAUGAAUAUUCUAAUCAAAAUCUGCCCUCCAGUCUCUCAUUCCCCCAUCACAAGGUCUGCUUACUGGAUAAAUUAUAUUACAGGAGUGAAGACAGAAAGAAUAGCAUGUAUAAUAAAAUAUAUUCUUCAUCAUCUGAGCACUUUAAGGAAACAGUAAAGUCAUUAUUUUAGCCCAAAUGCCUGCACAUUUCCAAACACUGGCUAUAGUAUAAAUAGCAUUACAAAUCACGGUAACACUUUAUAUUACAAUGUCUUUGUUACACAUAUAUUUACUAUAGUAAUAACAGUGAAUUAUACAUAAGUACAUGCAGCUAAAGCUUAUCCAAACCCUAACCCUGUACUAAGAACAUGUUGUUAGUACUCUGUACUUAAAUAUACAGUGUAACAAGGCCAGCUUAAAAUAAAGAGUAACAAAGAUAUUUUAUAUUUAAUAAUAACAGAAAUAAAUAACAUAUAAGUGUCGACAAUUUCAGUUUUUAAUUACAGAGAGAUUACUAUUUGAAUAAAUAAAUCACUAUUAUUAUAAAAAAGUAGCACACAGGCUAAAGUAACAAUAGAUAAAUAGCUUUAUAACAGUAUGAACUGAAGUCUGUUGACUGAUAGCAAGCAGGCAUCACACACUGACAGUCAUGAUCAUGUGAUCUGGGUAUUUUCCCCUUAUAUUCAAUAGGCCUACGGCUAUAUCCUAAAUCUUGCUUCCAGCCAAGCGAUAAGCACAUUAUCAUGUGUUUGCACAAUGUUCACUAGCAUUGUUAUCUUCUAUUUCAAGUUCUGCACCCAAAGUUUUACAUUUUAAAGAUUCAGCAAACGAAUAUUCAACUCUCAGCAGUUUCACAUCUGCACAUUUUUCAAUAUCCUGCACAAUUCUCUUCAAUGUUCUGUCAGAAAAUAAUGAGGAAAUGGCCAAAACGUUUUGUCUCACUCUCGGCUGUGAUUGUCUCAUUGCACAUCCUAUUUCAAGAGAGUUAUCAGCAGGCCUGUAAACAGCACAAGUUUUGGUAUUUAUUAUAGCCUACGUCGAGAUUUAGCUUGAGAUCACAGUGUUACACGUCUAAAUUUGUUUAAAAAUCACCAUCAUUUUCAUUAAAUAAAUAAAUAGUGAGUGUUCUUGGUAAAACUUUACAAGGUUUUGUUUGUUUAAGGGCAUCUAUUAUGCAAAAUCCAUUUUUACAAGGUACAAGGUUUGGACAUAAAUGUGUGUGAACACAACCACCGUACAAUGAAAAAAAUCCACCCACUUUGUAUUUAUUUUAUUUAUUUAUUUAGUAUUAUUUAUUAGAGGAUCAACCCCAUGAGAUGCAUCUCGUUUUCAUGGGGGUCCUCAGAAUCAUGACCAAACAACAAGUACAAGCGAAGUAUACUUGACAGUAAAUGCAAUUAUAAUAGAUUCAAAGAAAAAAAAUAGAAUACAAAAAUCCUCAUUUAACCAAAACCGUUUUAUUAGACACACAGCCGUUUUGAUUCUCUGGUUAAUGUGACCUCACAUUGAUAAAGCCCCGCCCACUGCCACUGACUAACAUUCCUAUAUUACCAUAGUUUCCCCCCUAAACGAUUUGUGUACACUAUCCCCCAUAUCUCAAUAGUCUCAGACUGUAUUCACAGGAAUCAGAUUGAUUUUGUUAAAGUUAUAGUUUUGCCAAAAAUGAUAUUAAACCCAUGAUUUACUCA